UACAGGGGAUGACCAGAGACUGUGGACACAGUACAGGAGAUGACCAGAGACUGCGGACACAGUACAGGAGAUGACCAGAGACUGUGGACACAGUACAGGAGAUGACCAGAGACUGCAGACAACAGUACAGGGGAUGACCAAGAGACUGCAGACAGUACAGGAGAUGAGCAGAGACUGUGGACACAGUACAGGAGAUGACCAGAGACUGCAGACAGUACAGGGAAUGACCAGAGACUGCAGACAGUACAGGGGAUGACCAAGAGACUGCAGACAGUACAGGAGAUGAGCAGAGACUGUGGAC